UUCCUUUUCACCCCAGGGGUCACUGGGGUGUCAGACGUCUUGCAGGGUGGAGCAACUCCCGAAAGAGUGUCAGAGGGAAGAUGUUGUGAGCCUGAGACAAAGUUCGCCUUCAGCCAAGAGGAGCGGUCAGAUGCGAAGCACGACGGCCAAGCUGCCACAGCCAUCAUUUUGUCGCUGGUGCCUCUGUCCUUGGAGCCCUGUGGGACGCACCUGCCACCUUCAAGCGCUGCCGCUGAGCUAAGAAACGAGGUGGUGCCACUGCAGCUCCCCAGCGUGCAGCCUUUGGACAACCUUUGUCUUGUCGGGAACAGCCCCAACCCGGACAUCCUGAGCAGACGCAGGCUAAAGCACAAGUUACUGGAGACCGAGAUCAGCGCCAAGAGGAAGGAGUGUCAAGCGCCUGAGGCGGAGGUGAAGAAAAAAAAUCCAACAUGCCAGACUUUGGAGAAUGAGCUUCAAGACUUUUUCCAGGAGAACAGGCGCUUGAGCCUCCAGUUUUUCAACGGCAGUCGCAAAUCAUCCGAAUAUGAGAAGGUGAAGUCUGACUAUGCCCAACUCAAAGAUACGCUCGGUGCUGUGACGCAGGAGAGAGAUUUAGCCCUGUGGGAGAGAAACCAGCUCCGAGGCAAACUGGAGAACCUAGAGCAGGUGCUGAAGCAUAUGCGCGAGGCUGCGGAGCGGCGGCAGCAGCUCGAGUUGGAGCAUGAGCAGGCCUUGGCUGUACUCAAUGCAAAGCAGCAGGAGAUUGACCUGCUUCAGAAGGCUCAGGUUGAGGCUAAAAAGGAACAUGAGGGCGCUGUCCAUCUGUUAGAGAACCACUUGGAUAGCAUGCAGGCCAAAGUGCGCGAGCUGGAGGAGAAAUGUCGGAGUCAGAGCGAGCAGUUCAACCUGCUGUCCAAAGAGCUGGAGAAGUUUCGGUUGCAGGCCGGGUUCGACAUCCUCAGCACUGAACCUUUGACAGUGUGUGAGUCGCCUGCUUCUCCCAACAAAUCUCUGUCCCAGCUCCUCAAUGGAUUGGCAACCCCCGUAGGGAAAGGCAGCGAGACUCCAACAAGCAGAUCUUUGAUAUCGGAGUUCAUUCGUCCACUGCAGAGCGCUGGAGACAAACCGGAGCUUCUCUCUGUCAAGCCGACUUUCCUCACUCGCAGUCGAGGCGGCAGCGGCUCAGCACGGACGCUUCUCUCGGAGAUGGACAAAGAGCUCGGUUCGACCACCAGGUCUAAACCGAGGUUUACGGGGAAGGUCCGUCUGUGUAUAGCUCGCUACAGUUACAAUCCUUACGAUGGGCCAAAUGAGCAUCCAGAAGCAGAGCUCGCCCUGGUGGCAGGAAAGUACCUCUACGUUUACGGAACAAUGGAUGAGGAUGGCUUUUAUGAAGGAGAGCUGCUCGAUGGCCAACGGGGGCUCGUCCCCUCCAAUUUUGUGGAUUUUAUACAGGAGGAGACAUCCUCCGUUCAACACAGGGACUCGCUAGCUAAAGAACCUGGCAACCUCAACCACAGUAGCCUGGGACCUCAGAGACCGGGGGUCAGCAGGGGGAUCGGGACGGGUUUCGGCAGCCUGCUGCUGUCUGACGGCAAACAUGGCUGUCCAAACAGCAGCAGCACCAGCAGCAGCCUGGGCGCGGACCUCCUGGGCUCCUCCAGCAACGGGACGGGAACCUUAGACGUCAAUAUUGACGAGGUCGGUGAAAACGUCGUGCCUUAUCCUCGCCGCAUUAACCUGAUUAAACAACUGGCCAAGAGUAUCAUCAUCGGCUGGGACCCCCCUGUGGUUCCUCCUGGCUGGGGCACCAUCAGUGGCUACAAUGUCUUGGUGGAUAAGGAGUUACGGAUGAGUGUCCCCUACGGGGGCAGGACUAAGGCCCUUAUUGAGAAACUCAAUUUAGCGACCAACACUUACCGGAUCUCAGUGCAGAGCGUCACUCAGCGCGGCUUGUCAGACGAGCUGCGGUGCACGCUGCUGGUGGGCAAAGACGUGGUGGUGGCACCUUACUACCUGCGGGUGGACAACAUCACGCAGGGCUCUGCUGAGCUCUCGUGGAUGCCCAGCAACAGCAACUACAGUCACACGCUCUUCCUCAAUGGCGCAGAGUACGACAUGGUCAAGGCUGGGGGGUAUCAAUAUCAAUUCUGCAACCUGAAGCCCAUGACGGUUUACAAAGUGAAGGUCGCGGCACAGACGCACCAGGUGCCUUGGCAGCUUCCAACGGAGCAGAGGGACAAGAGGGAAAUCUCUGUGGAGUUCUGCACUCAACCUGCAGGUCCCCCACUUCCACCACAGGAGGUUCAGGUCCAGUGUGGUCAGACACCCGGGGUCCUGCAGGUUAGAUGGAAGCCCCCGCCGCUGACUACGGCUGGCACUUCCAACGGUGCCAGUGUAAUUGGCUAUGCCGUAUGCACAAAGGGACAAAAGAUUGCCGAGGUCCUGUACCCCACCGCAGACUACGUGACGGUGGAGUUAAACAGAAUCCAAUGCCUGGAGGCCAGGGAGGUCAUUGUAAGGACGUUAUCGACACAAGGAGAGUCCCAGGAUUCCCCCGUGGCCGCCAUCCCACAUAAUCUAUUGGGCUCGCCUCGCCUCGCUCACCGGACUUGCGGGCCGCAGCCGCAGCCGCAGCCGCCGUCCCGCCCCGCUCUCUCCCAAGCCCGUCCUCCGUAUCCGUCCACGUAUCCCCCGAUCCAUCCGCAGCCGCAGGUGCGGCAUCCUCUGCCUCCAGCCCAGCCCCACGCGCAGACGUGCUCGCAGCCCAUCUGUCACCCUCCGCCCCACGCCAAUCCUCAGUUCCAGCGCCAGCCCGUGCCCGAGUCAAAACCGCUCAUAAGUGCCAGAGAGCCAGAAACCAAAGAGCACGAGGCGGGCGUGCGGCCCGGCCCGCCCUGGGAACGCUCCCCCUCCCCGCUGCCUCCCGCGCGCGGCGCCGACCUGGAGCCGCCGCCCUUCCGAACCCGCCGAUCGCCCUCGCCUCAGAGGAUCCUGCCGCAGCCUCAGGGAGUCCCCAUCCCCAACACCAUCGCCAAGGCCAUGGCCAGGGAAGCCGCCCAGAGAGUCUUUGCUCAAGGCAACAGGGUGGAGAAGAGGAACAUCUUCAGCGAGCGCGGUGACGCCCUGCACCCCCUGAACUCCGACGAGGAGGAGGACGCCUACGAUUCUUCUCGCGUAAGAAGGAGAGGCGCCUCGGUGGAUGAAUUUCUUCGAGGCUCCGAACUGGGCAGACAGUACCGUCAUCAUCAUCAUCAGCAGCAGCAGCAGCAGCAGCAGCAGCAGCACUACAGCCACAGCGAGGAGUAUUACACGGAGAGCAGCCGGGGUUCCGACUUGUCCGACAUCAUGGAGGAGGACGAGGAAGAUCUCUACUCCGAGAUGCAAUUGGAAGAGGGCCGCAGGAGGAGCAUCAACUCUCACAACUCUCUCAAGGCGUACUACAAGCGUCAGGACCUUGCUGAGGAGAGAGACUGCUGGGACCUCCAGAGGGAGGUGGUCAAGCAGAAGUCGCUGCGCAGCAAGCGUCUCCACAGCAUCCCGGAGGUGGAGGAAGAGACCGACGGCGUGGACGACGCGGGCCAGCGCCUGCGCUUCGAGGAAGGCGGCCGGCCGGCAACGCCGCGCGCCGCGCGCCGGACGUUGGGCCGCGACGGUCGCGAGCGCGUCGCCGCCGGCGAGAACCCCCGCCAAUUGCGGCGCCGGCGCUCUUUGCCCCGCUUCGCCGACAUCCGCUACUUCUACGGCGUCGAGGACCGCGUCCCGGGCCGACCCGACCGCCAGAACGCCAAGAGUCCCGACAGCGGUUUGGACUGCGGGAGUGAGGAAGAAGGAUCCCUGGGCAGGGGUCACGGAGGUUACUGUGCCCACGGAGCCCCCGUGCGCAUCAUCCACUGCGAAGGGCCGGUAGAAAGGCGAGCGCUAGCCGUGGGCCGAAGGAGAACUUUGACCCGCCAGCGCAGCGUCCGGGAGGACUUUGCUGACGUUGCGGCGACCUCGGCAAAGUCCGUCCACACGGGCGACUUUAAAAAGCGAGAAGACUUUGGGCUGAACGAGCUCUAUUCCGCCCGUCGCGGGGAGGCUAGGGCCCGCUCUUUGUCCAGGCUCCGCUGGGACCCGCCGCCGCUCAUUGGAAACUCGCCAUCUCAUGGAAAUGCGGAGCGUCUGGACCGCGCGGGGCGGAGGCCGGUCCACAUCGGCAGCCCCCCUCAGCGACGGCCCAUCCCAUCCAUCGAGAUCACCGUGGACAGUAACAGUGAGGGGAGUGAGGGGAACCUCUCACCCGUCAAGGACGAUGUUUACUAUGGCAGUGUAGCUCGGCGAAGGAUAUGGCCAUCUAUGUCCUCAGACGAUCAAUAUGACAGCUACGGCGGGCGCGGGCACGGGCGGGGACGCCGCUCGCCGGACUACUUCGACGAAUCGGAAGCGGACGAGCUGACUCGUGUCUUUGUGGCCCUGUUCGACUACGACCCGCUGUCCAUGUCUCCCAACCCCGACGCCGUCGAUGAGGAGCUUCCGUUCAAGGAGGGCCAGGUCAUCAAGGUGUUUGGGAAAAAAGACACAGAUGGCUUCUACAGGGCGGAAAUCAGAGACCGAGUGGGUUUGAUCCCUUGUAACAUGGUGUCUGAAAUCCAAACGGAGGACGGUAACAUGAUGGGCCAGCUACUCAAACAAGGCUUUCUGCCACUCAACACUCCCGUGGACAAGUUAGUGAACUGCGAUCGUUUCAAAGACGGACGCGCAAUAAAUCGCAGGUCCCGAAAGUCCAAGCGAGAGAGGAACAGACGGAGCGGCCGUCAGCAUCCGAUGUCGACCCGCAGAAUGGUUGCCCUGUAUGACUACGACCCAAGAGAGAGUUCCCCAAACGUCGACAUGGAGUACGACGGCACCAGACGAGAUGACGAGGCUGAAUUGACUUUCUGUGCUGGGGACGUCAUCGCAGUUUUUGGGGAAAUAGAUGAAGAUGGAUUUUAUUAUGGGGAGCUCAACGGGCACAACGGACUCGUUCCUUCCAACUUUCUCGAAGAAGUGCCUGAUGAUGUGGAGGUUUUUCUCACGGACUCACCAUCUCGAUACCCCCAGGACACUCCCGCACGGAUGAAGACUAAAAGGGUUCCGUGGGACAAAUGGGGUCCGCCCAGAAGAGCAGGCUCUCCCACAGUGCAUCCACACAUCCUCCGUCCCAUCAGGGCCCCACUGGACAUGCACGUCUCCCGAAAGACAAAAGGACCGCAGUCCUCCGAAGGGAAGAAACGGUUGCUUGGCGCUCUUAACAGACAACUUGACCUGUUUGUGACUCUCAGUGGACAGGUGGCAUUUGUUCCCUGAUAGAAUCUUGUUUCACAUGAGCGAAGCGAGAGUAUGGUGUGGUCAAUAUGCUGUGCAUUAGGCCCGGUACACACACAAAGACAGUUGGCCAGCUUUUUGUGCCGAUUUUGCCCCUUCCCGAACAAGCAAGGCAAAUGCCAAACAAUCUCCAAUCUUACAAGAUUAUCCUAUCAGAUUGACUUUAAAGUCUUACGUGCGUUAAGAGUGGAUUCGUCACAGUUUUAGGCUCCGAAACAGGUCGGGGCCGACAAUUUUUGAUAAUGAACGUGUUCAAUAUUUACACCCGAAACUCUCCGUGUGUGGUGGAACGCUGAGUCACGACGCUGAGAAUUGUGACGUGGAACGGAGUGUAGUCAAGAAGCACCCUGACACAACAAAAUAAAAAGACUGUGAACAACCCUUACCCUAUUUGUUUUUUUUUGGGGGGGGGGGGGUUCCCCAGAUAGCUAAAAAACAUUAUAUUGCCAAAAGUAGUUGCUCACUUGCCUUGACUCACAUAUGAACUUAACUGACAUUUUUCUUUUUUUAACCGGUCCUGUUCAGCCGCACGGCCUUGCAGAAUGGUGGAGCUGUAUGCCUUUUGUGCUGGAACAGUUUUGCUGUGCAGCAGGAGAGUUGGAAAUACUUCCUCUGCUUAUUUUGGAUUUGUUUAAUCACUCUGAUGUUUAUUGAAAAUGCAGCGGACCAAAACCACUCCCCACUGCUGCCGCCACCCCCAGAGAGCAUGGGGGCCCCAACCACCAACAGGGCCCAACGCAGGAGCCAGCUACCAUCCGGAAAGGUCACAGCUCGGGUUGGGCAUCGAGAACCGAUUGGAACCGGGACUAGCAUUCCGGUUCUCCCGGAACCGUUCAAAUGUAAACAUUUCGGUUCCCAGUUUCGAUGCCUGGUCCUCCAGCAACGGAGAAGCGCCGUAAACCAACCAAGAAGAACGCGCACUAUGACGUGCUUGUGCCCAACGGCGGUGGCGGCGAACUAAAGUGUGUUUAACUUUAUUCAAAUUAAUGACCAGUCGCUUCAGUGCAACACUUGGAAUAAGAUUAUAUUGUGCAAAGGAGUUUUUCCCGAUGUGUAGCAUCUGAUGCGCUCCGAGCCUCAGCCUACACGGCGCGGAGCUUCAGUCAACUCUCAGUCAAUUGGGUGAGUGAACCAAUAAAAUACGUCUAUGCCCACAUUGAGAUGGCUAACAAGGUCAACGGUUGCUUGCACUUUUGCAGAUGGUUUUUAGCAUUUAUUUUAGCCUUCAAACCAACGUAAGCGCCGAUGACAAAAAAAAUAAAAAUAAAAAAAAAAAGCUUAAAAUUGGGCUAAAACUUCACCGUAGCAACUUUAUAUCAAAAUUCAUAUAAAUGUUGUCUGACAGUAUCACAAACACUAACCUUGUGCCUCAUCGGUGUGUAGGGGAAGGAAUCAGCGUUUUAUAGCAUUUUGUUCCAUCCAUUUAAAAAUAAAUAAAAUAUCAAAAACAAUCACCCGUGCGGUGUGAAGUUACUUUUCGUGCCAAAAUGCUGACUUCCGGUGCGUACCCUGCACAAUAAAAGUCUACAAGCUUAAAACAAUAGACUAGUCAGGUUAAAACUUGCACGUAUAAAGUAUUUCGACGUUAUGGAACAGAAUACAGGGGCAGCUAUAUAGCAUUGUUAAAAUCACUUUGCUCUCAGUGAAGUCAACUGGGUGAGUGAAACAAAAUAAACUAGUUACAACAUUUAAAAUCAAUAUUUUAACAAUGCUAUAUUUAACUUUUAGCUGAAACAUUAAUUCAUGACUAUGAAGUCAAUUGGGUUAGUUCCACACACAUUGCCUUUCAGUUCAUAGGUUUGAUAUUGAUACUGGUUAUGAAGAACCUCGUCUCAAAUGCUAAGAAAAAAGAGGUUCAUAAUUUGGACACCCUUUAUUUAAACCAUGCAAACUUUUUGGACCCGAACUAAGGAAUUGCUCAAAUUCAAGCGAUGCCCAACCCUAGUCGCAGCCCACCAAAAGCGAGCCCGUGUUAAGCACCUGCCGCAACGGCCACCCGACAGAACACCUUUGGGAUGAAUUAGAGUGGAGACUGAGAUCCAGGCCUUCUCAUCCAACAUCAGUUGUGUGGCCUCACAAAUGGUCGAAAAUUCCCAUCAACACCCUCUUUAACCUUGUGGACAGCCUUCCCCGACGAGUUGAAGCCGUUAUAGCUGCAAAGGGCAUAUUGAACCCCGUGGAUUAGGAAUGCGAUGUCACUUCCAGUAAGUUCUUAAGUGAGUCAAGACAAGUGGCUAAUACUUAUGACAAUAUAGUGUGUUUUCGUUGUUUGACAACAUCGCCGUUUCUUCUUCGUGUAUUUUAGAUCACGUGUGUUCAUGUGAGAUUUUGAGAUCGGCGGUGGAGCAGAAACUUUGUGUGGUGUUCUGUGUUGAAAUUAUUGGAGCACACCGCACAUAAUAAUAAUACAACCAAAACCGUUAGCUGCAAAUCUUUAUGUGUGGGGUUUGUCAGAAAACUGAAAAGUCCUUAUGUGUGUACCAGGUCUUAAUCAGCAGUUACCAAGUGAACCGCAAGGUACCGUCCAAGCAACCGAGGGUCUCAUCAGUCACACCUCCACAUACAGCACUUGCCUAACUGAUUGGUUAGUUUUACUUUGUCAAGCAACAUCACCACUUUCAUGCAGACGUCUCAUUUGUUGUCCAGGCUACUGUAAAUGUCCUAUUUGCUUAAGAUCAGAUCUUACAUAUAACCCUCCAAGAGUCCUUUGCCUGAUGACUUCAAAAUGUUUUUUUUUCUUCCCCCAGCAGUAAAAAUGAGCACUUGCAGUAUGUUAUGACCCUUUGGUGACAGGAAGACUGAAGAUUUGAUUGCCAGUGGAGUCCGCCUGAAAAAAGGCUACUACCUCUUUCCAGUCCCUCCACCCUGUACCCGUCGGGAAAUGUUUGAUCCGAACACUCAGAUGAUGGUGCAGGAUCCAUGUACUGUAAAUCUCUAUAUAGUCACACUCCCUCUACGGUCUGUAGUGAAUGUAUCAGUUGAAAGCCAAUAUAUUUAUUUUGGUGCCCCAAACAGUGCAAUGGCCAUGUUGGCAUUAAAACCUCAUUCCAUCAAAUGUGACAUGUACACUGACAAAUACUGCAACUGCCAAAAGAAAGAUCAAAUGUAUGCAAACCGUUCUGAAGUGUACACUUCUUGUUCACACACACACACACACACAUCUCAUCAACGGGGUAAACUUAACCCGAUCAUUUCUUUAGCCCAUAUCGCUUCCAAUCAUUUUUGUGUGACUGUUGCUCUUUUGUAAAUUGUUUAUAAAUGUUUAUACUUGAUUUUCAAACUGCCUUUUUUGUACGUUCACUUUAUAAUUAAGCAGUGUGUUUCCCAUGGUGUCUUGAAGACCUUUUAGUUUGCAAUGUGAGCUAGCUUUAUGAUAAUAAUCAGCCUAUAUUGAUGGGUCCAAACUACUGUGUGGGUGCAUGUGCAAUCUUUUCUAAAUAAAUUUGAUAUUUUGGAACA